CAAAUCCUAGACAGCUUGAAAAUCUUUGAAGCCCACACCGCGUUGAGCUGUCUCCAAGUGUGCUUAAUGCCAUUAUUAUGUCUAUGAUGAAAGCUCUUGUCGGUGCUGAAUCAGGAGGCUAUCAAUUUGUCGAAGAUGCCAAUAUACCAGUUCCUCACCAAGGCUCAAUACUUGUCCGCGUUCAUGCAGUCGCACUGAACCCAAGGGAUGCAAAGAUUAUUGACUUCUCUAAUGCUGCUGGAUGUACGUGUUGUCAGAGUUGCUCACCCCCCGGCAUAUCUUAUAAACUCGAAAUUUUCAAGUCCUCUUCAGACAAAAUUUCCAUGUCUCAAGACCUUGUAAUACAUGUUUUGAAGUAUGAUUAUGCUGACUUUGAGCUCUUCACAGCGGUUGGUGGUUGUGAUUUUGCCGGUACCGUCGAAAAAGUUGGGGAAAAAGUAACUCGCUUCAAGGAGGGUGAUCGAGUGCUUGCGGUAACUUUUGGCUCAGAUGUUUCAGACAAGACAAAAGGUGCUUUUGCUGAGUUCGCUUUGGCGGAAGAGGAUAUCAGUUGCCACAUUCCAGAGAGCUUCUCCUUUGCUCAGGCAUGUUCGAUUGGACUUUCGAUGGCUACAGCAGGACUGGCUCUUUUCCAACCUCCUGGAUUGGGACUAUCCAUGAAAAACGGCACGGGGGAAACUGUCCUUGUCUCUGGAGGUGCUACCGCUACAGGUACAAUGGCAACGCAGCUAUUGAAAAUAGCCGGCUAUGAGCCCAUAGUCACAUGCUCCCCGGCAAACAACACCCUUUGUGAAUCUUAUGGUGCUGCAGCUUGCUUUGACUAUAAUUCUCCCGCAUGUGGCGCUGACAUCCGUGUGCGGACCGACAAUAAAUUAAGAUACGUCUUGGAUUGUGUCACUGAUGCCACCACUAUGAAAAUGUGCUACGGCGCCAUUGGGUCUUCUGGAGGGAGCUAUAUUGCGCUUGAGGCAACCACUACUUCGGUCAAGUACACUCGGAGAGAUAUUCGCGCUGAUUGGUUCCUGGCUGAUGCCAUUAUGGGUGACGGAGUUCACAUGAAGGGAGCAUAUGGGCGUCCUCCGUCGCCUGAAGAUAGGCGUUUCGGUAAAACUUUAUUUUCAGAGGCUCAAAACUGGUUGCAAAAUGAUAUCAUCAAACCCCAUCCUCUGGAACUUCGAUCUGGUGGGUUGGCAAGCCUGCCCAAUGCUAUUGACGACUUGAAGCUUGGGAAGGUACGCGCCAGAAAGGUUGUCAUGGAAUUGCUGGCAAACUAGCUACGGGUCAAUGCGUGCGAUGUAAAAGUCAGAAUCUUAAUUGAGAUUAUGCGAAGACUCGUGGUCUAUUUCACAAGGCUGGGAAUGUAGCAGAAAUAUGAUGAUUACUCAGGCUUCAAGCAGGCACGCUACCUUACCUGUAUCCUCUCCUUGAGCCAGAACAUCCUAGUCCUAGGACUGAACAUGGUUGUCCUGAAUAUGAAGUAGCAACAGAUAGUUAAUGAACGCCGACGUUGUCCAG